AUUCAGUUCUAUUUUAUUGUGGUCGAUUUAGAGAUAAAAUAUUAUUAUAUCAUUUAGUCUUGACUUCUGUUAAAUAUUUUUUAAACAUCUAGAAAAUGAAAGUUGUUGGAGUUGAUGUUGACGAUUACGGAACAAAGAGCGUUCUAGUCACGGCGGCAUGGGCGAACUUAAACUUUGAUUUCGAAGUGGCUAAGGGGACAUGUUGUGCAUCCCAGGCAAAGAAAAACGCAUUCUCAGAACUCAAACACGCAGUAACUCUGGUGUUAGAUAAGGAUUUAGGAACAUUCUGUGGUCACGUAACUGUGGUUAGGCACUUACUGGACCAGGUUUCCAAGGGAACAGAUGAAAAAUCAGCCUUUGAAAGGAGUGACACGAGCAGCUGGGUAGAGUUCUUCUAUUCAAGACUUGACUUCGAAACUAAACUUGACAAGUCAUCAGUGGUCACCAAGGGGUCAAAUUCAGACCUUUCAAAAGUUGUGAACUCACUUAACAAUUACCUUGCAACAAAGACGUUCCUUGUAGCAGAAAAGCUCAGCCCGGCAGAUUUAGUAUGUGCAGUUUCACUGGACCACCUGGUUCAUCAAAAGAGACUUGACCCUGAAUACCUGGAAAAGGAACUACUUCACCUAGCAAGGUUCUUGAGAACUGUUAAGGCCAGUGAAGCUUACCAAAAGUUCUUGAAAAUGGUCGAGAACUACAAGUCUAACGGAACCCUAGACGGCAAGCCUAAAAUGAACAAUGUCCAAGAGAAACCAGCUGAACCAGCUAAGAAGCCUAAGAACCCCAUGGACUUACUUCCGCCGACAUCAUUCAGUCUUGACCAGUGGAAAAAGACAUACAGCAACUGCAAGGGCGACUUGUACAAGGAGGUGAUGCCGUGGCUUUGGGAGAAAUUCGACCCUGAGGGAUGGAGCCUUUACUACAUGGUUUACAAUAAGCUGGAAGAUGAGUGCAAAUCUGAAGUCUUCACGUCAAACAUGUUGAGUGGAUUUUUGCAAAGGUUUGAGAACGAGUUCAGACACUACUCAUUUGGCGUGCUUAAUGUCAUGGGCUCUACUGGAAACUUUGACAUCAAAGGAGUAUGGCUAGUUAGGGGGAAAGAGCUUCCAGCACUAGUGACAGAACACCCUUCAUAUGAGUUCCAAACAUUCAGAAAACUUGACGUAACAAAGCCUGAAGACAAGAAACUGGUUGAGGACUACUUCUGCGCCUGUGAUGACAUUGAUGGAGUACCAAUAGCUGAUUGUAAGGUCUGGAAAUAAAUUAAUCUAUUCAAAUAUGUA